AUGGCGUUGCUUUGCUCUACUACAUCCUGCAGCUCCGGUCGGUCCCGCCAGUUGCUGGCUGCAGCGGCCUCACCUUCCUGUAGCUGCUGUGACCAGAUGAAGAGGGACGACGUCAUCUCCUACAGUUUCCCCUCCUUCGAUAGAAGUGCCGGAGCUGCCUUAGCGGUGCUCAAGGAUGCGAGUAUCAAUGGGGGAGUCCUCCAGCUGACUCCUGACACUAUCAACAAUGUUGCCUAUCUAAUCAACAAGUCCGGAUCCGUCCUCCUCCCGGAUCCCGUCACGCUGUGGCGCGUCGACUCCCACGGGGUGAGGCACGAAGCCUCCUUCAACACCACCUUUGACAUGAUCAUCUACAGAGAACCGUGGGAGGAACAACACGGCGAAGGCCUUACGUUCGUCAUCGCCUCCUCCCUCAACGGCCCUCCGCAAGGCAGCCAUGGUGGGUUCCUCGGCCUCACAAACACCAUCUCCAAGUCCAACUCCAGCAGCUUCGUGGCCGUCGAGUUCGACACGGCCAAGCAGUCGUACGAUCCCGACGACAACCACGUCGGUCUCAACAUCGGUAGCGUCGACUCCGCCUACUUCACGCAGCUCUCCUCGGUCGUCCCGCCGGGCAACUUUACAAUCGCACCAACCAUACCGACGAACUAUACUGUGUGGAUCGAGUACAACGGCGUGGGACACCACAUAUGGGUAUACAUGGCUCUCCAGGGCCAGGAGAAACCAGGGAGCGCCGUCCUUGACGCGCCGCUCAACUUGAGCAGCCAUCUCCCACAGAGAGCCUACAUUGGUUUCUCGGGAGCGACGGGACUGGCCUACGAGCUGCACGUUAUCCUCAGCUGGAGCUUGACGCUUGACAAGCUCCCCAGUGACGACGGCGAGAAAUGGAAGGUGAUACUUCCAGCAGUCCUUGGGACAGUAGCUGCAACUGCCGCCAUGAUCGCCGCCACGGCCUUCUACUUCAGCACGAGGUAUAAGGCGCUCAAGGUGGAGCUGAAGCUGUCCGAGGCUCUCCGGCGGCUUCCUGGGACGCCCAGGGAGUUCAAGUACGUCACCAUCAGGAAGGCCACCGACAACUUUGACGAGGCAAGGAAGCUAGGCAAAGGAGGCUUUGGCGCUGUGUACAAGGGAACACUGCGAUCAGGGUCAGGGACGACCAGGUCACGCGUCGAUGUCGCUGUGAAGAAGUUUACGCGUAAUGAAGACCGCUGCUACGACGACUUCCUCGCAGAGGUCGAUGUCAUCAACCGCCUGCGUCACAGAAAUAUCGUGCCGCUCAUUGGUUGGUGUUAUCAGAAAGGUGAGCUCCUUCUCAUCUACGAGUACAUGCCGAAUGGCAGCCUGGAUCAGCACCUGUUCCGCACGCGCGAAAAUCCACAACAGCCUGCUACCCUCCUAGGAUGGAACACCCGCUACGACAUUGUCAUGGAUGUCACCGCAGGGCUCCACUACGUCCACCACGAGCACGAGCACAUGGUGCUCCACCGCGACGUCAAGGCCAGCAACAUCAUGCUCGACUCCUCCUUCCGUGGUCGCCUCGGCGACUUCGGCCUCGCCCGCAUCGUCACCUGCCCGGACAAGAACUCCUACACGGACAUCGGCGUCGCGGGGACCUGGGGCUUCAUCGCGCCGGAGUACUCGAUGAACCACAAGGCUACACGCAAGACCGACGUCUACGCGCUCGGGGUGCUGAUCCUGGAGGUCGUCACCGGCGAGCGGGCGCUCGGCGGCUCCAACGAGUCCUUCCAGCUGCUCACCGACUGGGUCUGGACGGCUCACCGGGAGGGACGACUGCUUGAGGCGGUGGACGACGACGUCGUGGCUGGAGAAUUCGACGAGGACGACGCUAGUCGCUUGCUGCUUCUCGGGUUGGCGUGCACCAACCCCAACCCGUCGGACCGCCCGAGCAUGGCGGAGGUGGUGCAGAUCGUUGCCAAGUCUGCGACGCCGCCGGACGUGCCGCUGGUGAAACCCACCUUCGUAUGGCCUCCGGAAGGCGGCUGGAUCCCCUUGGAAUCUGACGACACAGCGGCGAUCAUGAACAUCAAAUGGGAGGAGAACGAGUCGUUGAGCAGCGAUGAUGCCCUGGAGAUGACCUAG